AUGGGCACCCUUCGACAAGUAUGCCGGUGUGCACAGCGGCCGGUGCUGACGCGGCUGACGGCGGACCCCGCAGUGGCGCUGCCCUUCCCCGCGGUAACGGUGUGCAGCCUGAACCGUGCACGCUGCGACAGCAUGGCAGCCCUGUGGCACGAAGCCGUGCAGGCGCAGACUGCGGAAGCCGCCAACCUGCUGCGGCUGCUGCAGAUGGCACGCUGUCCGCAGGUCCUAGGAGGUCACCAACACUCGUACGAUAAUUCUGAAGCAUUUCCAUUGUUCUGUUCAUCCUUCACACAACAGGAAGAGGCAGACAGCGAGGAGAACGCCUUCAACCGUCGGAUGGACUUCCUAGCGGCCUAUCUGUCUUUCAGUAAAGAGCAGCGCGCACUCAUGGGGGACAGCUUCCAGCAGCUCGUCAUCUCAUGCCAAUUCAGUGGAACGUCCUGUCUCAGCGAGAGCCAGUACUUCGCUCGGAGCGUUCACUCAGGGUAUGGGAAUUGUUAUACUUUCACCACGAACAGGAAGACCGUCUUACCGGGAAAGGAAUACGGACUGUCGCUGCAGCUGUCACUAUCCCGCGAGCAGCAACUGCGUGCCACACUCAGCCCUGAGGUGGGAGCACGCCUGAUCAUUCACAGCCCACAGCUGGCGCCAAUGCCCGAUGAGGCUGGCCUCAACGUGCCGCCUGGCGUAGCCACUAGUGUCGCAUUGCAGCAGGUUGAGAUCAUCCGCAAGGAGCUGCCGUAUACGACAAAUUGUUCUUCCACUUGGGAGAGAACUUGGUAUGCAUCAUAUGUUGGAGAAACAUUCAAGUACUCACUUGAGAGACUGCAAUACUUACCAACAACAUCAUCAGUGGUACCUGUAUCAUCAUCACAGAAAGUAUCUCUAGGAGUGACUAAUGCAGAAUCAGAUACAGUAGCAGAAAAUGCAGCAGAAGUGCCUAAAGAAGCAAUACUAACAGAAGUAGAAUCAACAGCAGCGUCAGAAGAACCACACUCAGUAACAGCAGAAGUAACUCCUCCAGCAUUAGAACCAGCUCCUACAGCAGUAACACCAUCUCCCUCACCAGCAGUAGCAGCACAAACUACUUCACCAGCAAUAGCAGAAGAAACACCAUCAGCAACAGCAGAAGCAACUCCUCCAGCAGUAGAACCAGUUCCUAUAGCAGCAGCACCAUCUCCCACACCAGCAGUAGCAGAACCAACUCCUUUACCAGUAAUAACAGAAACAACUCCUCCACCAGCAGCAACUAAACCUACUUCACCAACAGCAGAAACAUUACCAGCUCCUCCUCCAUCACCUUCAAGAGUAGCGGAAAAGAAUAGACCAGUCACACGUUGUCGAAGAAUUUGCUUGCAAAUUGCAUUUGAAGAAAAAUGCCAAUGCACACAUCCCAAUUACAUGGAUCUUGACAGAGGCAAGCCACCAUGUAAUCUGACAUCUGAUAGUAGUGACUCCCAUUGUGCCUUCACCGUCCUUGAGGAAUUUGAGCAUAGGUUACGGGCCUGCAGUUGUAAUGUCGAUUGCAGGGAGGUAACCUAUCAGACAAGUAUUUCAACUGCCAUUUGGCCAACUGACAGCACAUGGUGUACAGUUGCUAAACGGUUCACCCUUGUGGGUAACUGUGAUAAUGUCACCGAAGGAAACCAUGGUGCUAAACUUCAUCCAGAAAAGCAAAUAAUAAAAGAUAAUGCACUAAAAAUUGAUGUAUAUUUUGAAAACCUCCGUGUUCAGCAAACAGUUCAGACAGCUGCUUAUGAGCCACAAGCAUUUGUUGCCUCUCUUGGAGGAGCUCUGAGUCUUUAUCUGGGAAUAUCACUGCUAAUGCUAGUUGAAGUUGUAGAAUUAAUUAUUAGAGUCAUCUCAGACCUUUACAAUCACUUCAGAAAGCAGACUCAGAUGCACCCGAAAACCAAAGGUCAUAAUCUGAACAGUGCAUUUGCUCAUAAAGGUAGGUCUGAAGUCCGCACUUCUCAGCUGAGACCAGCCUUUGUUUGGUGAUGAAGUUACCUGCUACAGAUACACACAGACUGCACCAAAAUAUAAGUGUACUAAUAUGUCUGCAAUACUGGACAGUUACAAUGUGCUCUAAAGCCUACACAGAAUUUGUCAGAAAUUUAUUCAUUAAAAUAUUAAUUAAAUGUCAUUGUGAUAAUUUUAUGUGUGUUGCAUUUGACAGUAGUAAAAAUAAAUAUCUGUAUAUGGAGCAAUAGAUCACAGCUAUAAACUUUCUAGAUUCACAAUACAGAAGAGUGUAAAUAGACAUAUUUCCUUUUUUGAAUUGUGAGAAUCAAAAUGGAGCAAUAAUCAGUAACAAAACUCAGAUGCUACAUGUGUCUUAUAUUCUAAGUGAUUUAUCCUUCCAUCUGCUAGGAAAAAAGACAUUUCAGAUAAAACCACAGUCAAGUACAUGUACAAGAAAUUUCUGCCUGCAACAGUCAUUAACAGAAAGACUUACCUAAUGAAUAAGAAAUGUGUGUGAUUAUAUUGUUUUAAGGCAUUCCUCAAAGAAACUGAAAGAAACAUUAGAUAAAACAAACUUUCUACAAUGAACUUUUGUAUACUAAUGUUGCCCUUUCUGGAUAAAUGUUGAAGAUCGGCUUUAACUUCUGUGUUUUGUAGUAUUUCAGUGCCCAUGAGUUAACUGUGGUCCACUCAACAUAUCUUAUAUUGAAACUUCCUGGCAGAUUAAAACUGUGUGCCUGACUGAGACUCAAACUUGGAACCUUUGCCUUUCGCGGGCAAGUGCUCUACCAUCUGAGCUACCCAAGCACGACUCGCAACCCAUCCACACAGCUUCAAUUCUGCCAGUACCUCAACCCCUAUCAUUCUGGAAACUUCUUAUAUUGUUUCCGUGUAAUGUGGAUUCAUCAACCAUACAUGAUUUUGCAUUCCACCAUGCUGCGACUUUUGUAAAAAAAAUAAUUCUUCCUUCAUGGUGUCACAGAGAAAUAAGUAAAACGUUUUGCUUCUAAGAGCAUUGUUAAUUACAUUUUCUGCAUAUGAAUGGUUAUUAAUGAGCAUUGUUAUGUCUCCUAAGUACAGCCAACUCUGUUAACCUCUCAUUACAGAUAGGAGCAACAAAUUACAAAAAUGGGAUGUAGUCUACUUGUCAACUUUCAUUUGCUAUUUCACAGAU